CUUUUCCCUCCCUGUAUUUUUCCAAUUUUCUGAAUUUUGAUUUCUUAUUUAAUUUUCUCUUUUUAUCUUUCCCUAGAAAAUUUCCAACAAUUUUCUCGAGAAAACUAAGCUUUUCGUAAGAUGAAACUUAUGGAGGAGGAGAUAGAAUUCGAGGAGGAAAAGACGGUUAAGGUUUUGUAUGAAGAAAAGCAAGGCCUUGAAGACGAUGAUGAGGUAGAGCUUGGUGAUGAGGAAGAGGACGGUGAAGAAGAUGAUGAGGAUGAUGAUGGAGAUGAAGACGAUGACGAUGACGAUGGAGAUGAAGAUGAUGACGACGACAACGAUGAGGAUGUGCAGGAAGUUUUGCCUUCCUCCGGUGGUCCUCCGGUGCACUCUGUAGAUGACGAAGAGGAUGACGAUGAGGAUGAUGACGAUGAAGACGGUGAUGACGACGACGACGAUGAUGGUGAAGGUGAUGAUGAUGAUGAUGACGACGACGAUGAUGCUGAAGGAGACGAUGAUGAAGGUGAAGAGGAGGAUCUGGGAACCGAGUACCUUGUCAGGCCAGUAGCCCGUGCCGAGGAUGAGGAAGAUGCUAGUGAUUUUGAGCCAGAGGAGAAUGGUGGCGGCGAGGAGGAAGAAAUCGAUGAGGAGGAUGAAGACGAAGAUGGUGGGAAGGUUGAUGUUCCGGCAAAGAGGAAGAGGUCAGACAAAGAUGAUUCGGAUGACGAUGAUGAUGGUGGAGAGGAUGACGAGAGACCAUCCAAGCGAUAGGGUUGGGCCUCUGCUUGGUUUGAGGACUGACCAUUGAAAAAAUAGAUGGCGCUGCUGUGUGAGUCACCGAAAUGAUAGCAUCCAGAAGGAACGACACAAGGAUUGAUUGAUAAAGACUGCCAGACUGACAAACAAAUGGUAUCAUUGAGCUGAAUGAAAAGAGGAGAGAAGAUGAAGACAAUUUUUCUAUUUGAUGACAGUCCGUAGUUACACCAGUACACACCACGUCAGCUCAGCUAACACUGGGCCUAACAUUGGGCUCAAGGUUCACACUGAAUUUGCCUAAGACCAUAUGUUUAGCUCACCUAAGCCCAAUACUGUUCGCGAUUAAUAUGGGUUGAGAUUAGGACCAAUUUGGCACAGGUCAUAAUCUUUUUAUAGUCCAAAACCUAUGGAUCGAAUUUCAAUUUAGGUGGGGGUGGAGUAUGGUUCGUUUGCAA